AUGCCUCCGCCGACGUCGACCGGUGGAAUGGAGUACACAGGCGCGGACGACGUCACUAUGGCUACGGCGUCACCAAGCCGUGACGACGUACACGAGGAGAGGCUAUCGCUGCGCGUGACGAAUGCGUCGACCCUGCCAGCAGCGCCCCGAUACUCCGGUAGCACGAUGAAGGUUCGUCGAGCGUUCAUGCGUGCGUUCCAAACGUAUGUGCACGCUCUCAGCGCUUUCGACACGUCGUAUGGCAAGCCGUUCGUCAUGCCAGUGAGCGGAUGCAUCGAAGAUCGGACGUGCAGACUAAUAUGCAUGUACGAGCUGCGCAACGACCCCAAUCUGGUCACGGAGUAG